AUGACGUCCUGGAUCGACGCAGAGGGAAAGAGAGAAAACAGGAGGACCGUUCCCCGGCAUCGAGACCCCUCCGAUGUUGCCAUCCACUGCGGCGACCUGACGACAGACUCCGUGAUUGCCGAUUUCCGUUCCGCGCUCGAGCAGCUCGAGGCCGUUCGUGCUCCCCUCAGGCCGGCCAUCGCGGGAAAUCACGACUUCACGCUGGACAUUGCCAUGUUUCGGAAAAAGGCGGCAGACGCACGCCUGACAGACAUGCCGGGACUAGUCGUCCGGACGUACGGCCACUACGGCGAGGUGCGCGAGCUCUUCGAAACGGCACGCGAGCACGACGUGCAUCUGCUCGACGAAGGCACCCACUACUUCACUCUUGCCAACGGGGCGGUACUCACCGUCUAUGCCAGCCCGUUCACGCUCUCUCUGGGCGACUGGGGCUUUCAGUUUCGCCCCAACGACGGCCACGAGUUCGCCAUUGCCAAGGACACUGACAUCGUGAUCACACACGGCCCACCGGCCGGCAUAUUGGACGGGACCGCCGACCUAAAGCAAGCUGGCUCGUCGGACCUGUUUGCUGCCGUGGCCCGAGCACGACCUCGCCUGCACUGCUUCGGCCAUAUCCAUGAGAGCUGGGGCGCCAAGCUGGUGGCCUGGCGGGAGAGCAUCAGCGCCGUGUCCUCCCACUUAACAGAUGUGGAGAAUGGCAGAUCGACCGUCGUGGAUUCUCUCCAAGGCCUCGGCUUCAGAACCGGCACGACCGAGGACAAGGAGGAGGCCGAGCGGCUGGAGCAAAAGGAAAAACUGUAUUCGGAAAAGGGAUCAUACUCGACGAGCCAUUGCUCAGGAGACGAUCACGGGAUCAAGCAUGGCCAAAACACCCUCUUUGUCAACGCGGUCAUAGAGGGAGACGAGGAGCAUCCAAUACAGCCGGCCUGGCUAGUAGAUUUAGAACUCCCAAGCCUUUUUACUGACGAGUCUGGGAACAGUGGCGGAAAUGGUUCGAUAGAACUGAUGAAGGGUCUCUGA